GAGCGCGGCCCGGCGUCCACCCGCCUUUCCCUCGCCCUGUGGCAGGGUGUGAGGCCGUCUGCACGGAGGGCCCCGUCUCUUGCGGCCACUUAGGUCCUGGCUGCGUUUCCCCUGUGUUCCCAAGGGAACUGCUAUCAUUCACAGCAGUUGGGCGGUGGCGUUUAGAGCCGCUUCUUCUCAGUUACGUCUUCUCCGUCUGUCCCGCGCUCAAAGCCUGGAAGCGGUACUUAGCGCUUUGUAGCGAGUAAUUUCUGGUUUUAAUGCGCAGGGAAUUAACGCUUACGCUCCCAGCCCUGCGGGCGAGGGGAGACAGCGCCUGCGUUGCUCCUGAGCAGUUUCUCUCCCAGCAGGAUACUGUGCUGAGGUGCAAGAUGGCGUUGUGGGUUCGGCAGGUCCCCCACUGGUGUUGCCUGCUCAAAACAGCCCGUGCUGCUGAGUUUCCUCGGAGGCUGAGGAGCUGCAGCAUUACCGCUCAGGCAUAUGCGUUUGCGCCUCUGGCUCUGCGGCCCUCUAGAAAUAAUACUCUUCUGUGGAGACUGCAAGCGUACAGACAUGUAUCUGUAGGAAGCUGUUCUCCGUCUGAUAGUGCCAUGGAUGGAUCCCUUUCUUCUCCUGAAAGUAACUUGCCUUCAUCAGUAGAACAGGAACAAGCAAAAGCAAAACCAUUACCUGAUCUGAAUGCACAAGUACUGUAUAAAGACUGGGAUGAUGUUCCACCUUCAUCUGCUUUGGAGGAGAUUUCUGAGGAAGAAGCUGUGCAGAUCAUUGCAGAACCGCUUCUUCCCCUUCAGUCUUCCACGCUCCGAGAUUAUGUUGAUCACUCGGAAACUUUGGCAAAACUUGUCCACCUAGGAGUUGACUUAUCACAAGUGGAGAAACGUCAAAAAGCAGGUCAGCUCUUACUGACCUUGGACUUUGAAAAAGAUAUAAAAAAAAUACUUCUGUUUCUUAAGGAUGUCGGUGUAGAAGACAAUCAGAUGGGAACAUUCCUGACCAAAAAUCCAUACAUCCUUGCUGAAGAUCUGGAAUCUUUGGAAACCAGAGUGGCUUACCUAAAAUCAAAAAAAUUUGGUAAGGCAGAAAUUGCUCAGAUGGUCUCAAGAGCUCCGUAUUUGCUGUUGUUUUCAGUGGAAAGACUGGAUAACAGACUGGGUUUCUUCAAAAAUGAACUUGGUUUCAGUGUAAAAAAGACAAAGGAUUUGGUAAUCCGUCUUCCAAGGCUUCUGACUGGCAAACUAGAGCCUGUAAAAGAAAAUCUUCAGGUUUGUCAGAUUGAACUUGGCUUUCAAAGGAAUGAAAUUCAAGAGAUUGUGUUUAAAACCCCCAAGAUUUUAACUGCAAGUAGAAAUAAACUCAAACAGACAUUUGACUACUUACACAACAUAAUGGGCAUUCCUCACCACAUGCUUACUCGCUUUCCUCAGGUUUUCAACUCAAGACUAUUACGAAUCAAAGAAAGACAUAUGUUUCUUACGUUCUUGGGAAGAGCCCAGUAUGACCCAGCACAACCCAGCUACAUCUCUCUGGACCAGCUAGUAUCCUUGCCUGAUGAGGUGUUUUGUACAGAGAUUGCCAAAGCUUCUAUACAGGACUUUGAAAAAUUCUUAAAAACACUUUAAUUAGUAGCACAUGUAAAAAGGAAUAAAGUUACGAAAUAAACAUGUUUUAUAAAAUUA